AUGCUUCGAAGAGCGUGGAAACCACUGGCUGCAACCACCGUUCUUAUUGGCACGCCAAGUUACCUCUAUUAUACUUUCACCAAGCAGCAGACAUUUGACCUUGCCGUCAAAGUACGCGGCGCGGACGGAAAACCGGUUAUGACCAACCGCACAUUUUCUCUUCUGUCAAAGAACGCUGUUAGAGACCGCCUUAUAGAGAACGCGUCUUCUGACAGUUUUUCAAGACCUGAUAACACACUAUGGAAAUACGCCACGGCGUCUGUUGCCGCCAAUGAUCCCCUGGAAGAUGCACAUGCACAUGCUAUAAUUGCCCGUGACCCCUCUGACCCAUCUGCCCCAGGUGACUGGUUGUUCUUCACCGUUAUGGAUGGUCACGGUGGACCUCAUACAUCUCGCCUUCUUUCCAAGACUCUCAUCAACGCCGUUGUCCUGGAAUUAUCCUCCCUGAUUCACUCCAUAGACGUCCCGAAAUCCGGACUUCUGGAAAACUUAAAGUUGAUUUUUCGCACUUCUUUGCCAAAAUCUCCCGAGGACCCUCAAAACCCAGAGAGAAUAUCUCUUGCCAUUCAGAAUGCGAACUCGGUCAACGCACCUCUCUCGGUUCUCGCUGCGAACUUGGAUGCUGAGUCCAUAAAGAAGAACAUCCUUCCUGAUCUUAGCAAGCAUCCGCUGGCACUACAGACGAUGCUUCCUGCUGUUUCAGGUAGCUGCGCACUGAUGGCCGUUUUCGACACCGCCCAUCGGCAUCUAUACGUAGCUUGCUCAGGGGACAGUCGCGCAGUUGCCGGCAUUUGGGAAGAAAACGAGGAAGGUCAGGGCUCGUGGCGCGUCGAAGUUCUUAGCGAAGACCAGACCGGUCGAAACCCAAAUGAAUUGAGGAGGAUUCAGUCUGAACAUCCUCCCGAUGAGGCGGGUAGUGUCAUACGAGCAGGUCGCGUACUUGGUGGUCUUGAACCCAGUCGCGCGUUCGGAGAUGCCCGAUACAAAUGGCCCCGCGAUGUACAAGACGUACUAAACCGCGCCUUCCUUGUGGGGAAUGGUCAACCAUUGCGUCCGCCCCCUUCGACAUUCAAGACUCCACCAUACGUUACUGCCACCCCUGUCGUUACUCACCGCGACUUUGACUUUGGCAGUGUUGCCCGGCUAUCAAAAUCACCCGCAUCACGUUUCGUGGUACUUGCAACCGACGGGCUAUGGGAUAAACUCAGCUCAGAGGAUGUCGUAGCCCUUGUUGGCGGACAUUUAAAGGGUCUCAAAGGCGUCGUCUCCAAAAGAGCCCUUCCAGACCUCGUACCAACAACCUCAGGAGCACCGACUGUGGAAGGCAAGGAUAAAAAACGAAAUAACAGCAGUGGCUCCUGGUCGUUUGAAGAAGAGAACAUCAGCUCACAUUUAAUCCGGAAUGCAUUUGGUGGAGGUGAUGCUGAGGAUUUGAGGAAGCUGAUGAGCAUACCUGCUCCGCUUGCCAGGAGCUAUCGAGAUGACACCACCGUGACUGUUGUCUGGUGGGAAGACGGACAGGAAGGCAAUGCAAAGUCUGUGACUUUCUCUUCUGAUAAUAUAAAAGCAAAGCUGUAG